AUGGACUGCGCUCUCGGGUCCUCCUGCUCCUCCCCUUCGAUAUAUGUCAUGUCGGAUCUCCCCCAAGGAUCUCAGGAUACUAUACCAUCCUCACCUCCCAGGUUCAAUGCUCCAGCAAUACCCUCAUCUCCUCCUCGAACCAAAACAAAAAAGCCUCCUUCAGUUACCCCCAGAUCUUUCAAGCGGUUUUUCACCCCGCGCUCUGUUCUGGGUGCCCUUGCAAGCGGAGGGAACGAUCGUGCCAGUCGGCAUGCAUUUAAAGAUACCCACUCCCCAGCAUUGAAUCGACUUGGGCCAUCCUUCGCAGGGAUAGCAGACGCAUCCCGUGAUGGCUCAGGUAAAUCUCCAACGCACGAAAGAGUCUCUACCCCGCUCAGGAAGCGGAAGUUGUCGUUUUCCUCCAGCCCAUCUCUUCAAUCGUCUCCAAUUAGGAGAGUACGGAUUGCACGGGAUGUUCUUCAUAGUGAUAUGGACUCCAGUCCCAGUAGGCCGAAGCCUGAUAGCAUUGACUUCGAAUCUGUGCCGCGAUUGUACCUUCAAAAACGCAAGCAACAUAUCCCUCCGCCUCCACCUCUUCCUUUACGCCGUUCUAAUGUGCUUCAAACGUCCGGUCAAUUCUUUGUACGCAGCCUCUCAUAUAAAAGAUCAGGCAAGCUAACAUUACGCUACAACUACAGUACAACCUGGCGGGACGAAGUUUCCAGUUUCUAUAGCUUGCCUGAUGACGUUCAUGAAUGCUCGUAUAGAGAUCAGCAGGGAGAACGUCUCACUCUCCCAUUUUGCACUGUUGCUUGUCAUACCAAUUCUCUAGUAGCGGUUGGAGACGAAGAAGGAGGUAUCCGACUGCUGGAUUCCGCUAAAGAUGACCAAGCCGGUUUCUCGAAGGCGUUUCUCUCAUUUCAGCCGCAUACGAACUCCAUUAUGGAUCUAGAUUUUUCUUCGGAUGAUACGCUUCUAGCCACUGCAUCUGGUGAUCAAACAGCCCGGAUUAUUGAUAUGCCCACUCAAACUUCGAUCUUCUGUCUAUCCAAACAUACAUCAUCUGUCAAACGGGUACAAUUUCAGCCUGCUUCUAAUAAUAAUAUAGUCGCAACCUGCAGCCGCGAUGGCAGCGUUAAUAUUUGGGACCUGCGAUACAAAGCCUUUGACAGGCCCGCGGUGCAACUGCGCUGUUCCCUUGCAUCAGAUGAGGAUGACUCUACAAAGCUAACUACAACUAAAAUGAAAUACGCCCAAGUAGCUAAUAAUAUCUGGUCAGCACAUGCGGAAAAACCCCGCCCCAAAACAGGCCAAGAAACUGAGGCCCUGGCACGCCGAGAUGAUAUAUCAGUCACGUCCAUCGCAUUUCUCAACCCUGGCCGUGAAAACCUCUUUGUCACGAGCAGUGAGUCAAAUGCCUGUGUGAGGCUGUGGGAUAUGCGAACUACAUACUCCUUACGGCGCAAAACACCCAUCCCCCUGGCCAUAACCAGACAGCCAGACAGCCACGAGAAAUACCGCCAAUUCGGGCUGACAUCCAUGGCUUUCAGCGGCGACGGGAGCAGACUCUACACCCUCUGCCGUGAUGGAAGUAUCUACGCAUACUCAACAUCCCACCUGACUCUCUCAAGUUGUCCAGAAAUGAUUCGAUGCAGCACAAGCUUCAAACGCUUUCCAAGCGACGAAGCCAAACCAGGUCUAGGCCCCUUGUAUGGCUUCCGCCAUCCACGUCUCCAAGUCGCAACGUUUUUUGUCAAACUCGCCGUUCGCCAGCCUGUCAACGACAAGAACGAAAUGCUCGCCGUCGGCAGCAGUGAUAACUGCGCUGUUGUCUUUCCAACUGACGAGCGGUACCUCACCCCACCCUCUUCCACGCCAGCGCCCGAUACAGUACUCAAUCAAGGAAGGACGCCACGCCGUGCCGGCCUUCGCAAGUACCAGUCCAGCAAUGUAGGAUUGUCAGGGCGUUUGGAAGAUUCCAUCCCGAUAUAUCAGCACGGCGCAGCGUUGGUCGAGGGGCAUAAGAAAGAGGUAUCGGGUGUUUCGUGGACGAAUGUUGGGGAACUUAUCACCGUCAGUGACGAUUUGCACGCUCGAUGUUGGAGGGAGGGGCCUGAGGCGCGGGACUUGAGGGUUGGAGGGAACAUGGAGGGUAGGAGGUGGCAGUGUGGAUGGGCUGAUGUGAAGGAUUCUGCUGAUGAUGAGGACGAGUAA